AUGAAUGAGUCCUCCCGUGGGCAGUGUUCACUUUUACACAGCUCAGAAGCCAGUGGUACAGUGGGCAACAGUGAUGACUCAAUAGAUAACUUGGGCCAUGACCAACUUUUAUGGAAUGAAAGGCAAUUAUGUUAUUUGGCCAGCUCUGAUUUUUUUCCUCAAAAGUUGGCUUCCAGUGUAAUCCAGAGUGGAAUUAAUGAUGCAAGCAACACCCUGGAAAUGUUUACUUCUCCUCUGCUCCCUGCUUCAGAGCCUGGGAUAAACCACUGUGCUCCCAUCUACAAAGACAUGGAACAGACUACAGGGCAGCAGGACCAGGUGAUGAGGCAGCAUAUGGAGCAGCUGCAAAGGCUGGUGGUUGAACAGCAGAAAAUCAUUGCACUUUACAACCCAGGCUUCUCUGUUUCUCCUGGGAUACCAUCCCACCUAGUAGCUACGAGGCCACCCGUUCCAUGCUUUCCAGCUAGUUUCAUACCUGUCCAGUUCCCAUCAGAAAAUUCUUCCCAAGUUGAGAGCUUGGACUGCUUACAGACCUCUCCCUUGGCAAUGCACUUUGCUUGGCAAACCAGGUGCCCGAUCUCCGUGCCAAAUGAGAGCAGUUCAGAAAUCUCAGGACAGCAUGUGCAGCUUUCAGAUUCAGGGAUAAGCACUGAGCCAUUGCCUCAGAGUACGGGGAACCCCACAAAAAUACUUUCCAGACAAGAUGCUCAAGAAGAGAACAGAAAAGGAAACAAAGAUAACCGUCAAUUAAAAGAAAGGAGUUUCCCUGAAACCUUUUCUGCUGUCAAAGAAGAACAAAGAGAACAAGUAAAGGAAGAGAUUCCUCCAUCUCCCUUUGGCAUAGAGGGGGAGAUGAAGACUGGUGACAGAGAAGACAGGCCUAUCACAUCAGCAAUUGGUAUUAGACAGACACCUUCUGAAGAAUUUGUUGAAGAACAACUUAAAGUAGACAAUUGUCUCAUAGCAAAACAGCAGAAGGAGCAGCAGAGCAAGGCAAAAGUAACACUUCAGAAGGCUUUUCUCAAACGAAAAGAAGGUAUGGUAAGGGUUAAAAAAAAUAAAAAGAAGCCUUUAAAAGAUGACAGCAAGCAUUCCAGAAGGGCUGGUUUGGACUGCUGGGGUCAUUUCUCCAGGCUUGGCCAAGUGGAGGUAGGCAUACUGCAAACAGGCAAAUGCUCUCAGUUAAAUCUGCAGGUCAGUAGCUCUAUGCAGAAGGGUACAAAUGAAAAACAAGCAGACUGUGCUUUAGCUGAGUGGGAAGUGAAGGCUCAGACUGACUGUGAAACAAAAGUAGUUGAGCAAAACGCAGAAGAAAAGCAAGUGAUCGGGGGAGAUGAAGAUGCAAAUCAAAAACCUAUUGACUCACCACAGAGAAGGUGGCCCGAAAUCCUGCAACCAUGUCCUGAAACAGUAACAGAAAUGAACCUACGGGUAGGUGAGGAAAGAGAAGCUCAUCAUCUGGAUUCCGUAGAGCAAGCAGACAGAACUGAUGGAAGACCUGUGGAGGGUAGCCUGAAAAAGGACCUAAAUAGGGUGGAUCAGGCCCUGGGGGGUCAUCUCACAGAGGGAGCAAAAACCGCCUUGCAAGUCCUGCAAAAGCAUUCCCCACUUCAGGAUUUAGAAACACAGCAGACUAAGGAGGCAGAAUGGACUGCAGGCCCUGUGCUCACACAGGGCCAGAAGUGGGGUCAGGUAUGCCCACAGGAACUUGUUUCAGUGAGCCAGAGAUCAGAAAGCAAAAGACAAAUCCAUACUGGGUUUAAGAUGGUCAAUGAUAAGAUAGUGAAAAUUACACAUAGCUCACCUGAGGCUGUGCAGAAGGGGAGUUUACCCUUAGCCUUGCAGCAUGAGAGACAAAGGAAGGGGACAGAUGCCUUGACAUGGCAUGUUACAUCUUUGUCCAGUGACUCAAGCUGCUUAUCCUCAAACAGUGAUGAUGACCCAAAAUCUCACCAUGCUCAGUAUCCCUCCCAUCAUGAACCUCAGGGAGUAAAUCAUACUGACAGACAUUUGGAUGUUUCUGAUGGUGAUUAUGUUAGUGAUGAGCCCAGUGGAACUGAAAAAAUGUCUAUGAAAAAGUGCAGCAGAACACCCCCAGGGAACCAAGAUAUUCAAGUGAUCUCAAGACAGCUUGGUCUCUCCAGCAGCACAAGUAGCAGUGAUUCCAGUACUGCAGCUGUCAGGCAGAAAGGGAGCAAGGCUCACUCUUCUCUUCAUCAGUCCCUAUUUCAUCUCACAAGAUCAAAAAGAGUCCAUGAGCCUGAAUCAAAGAAUGAGAGUAGGGCCAGGGAUGUUAAAAGCCAAGAUCUGCCAUCCUCAACAGUGACUGGUGAUAUUCCUGCUUUCAAGAUUAAAGAAACCCCUUCAGUGGAAGAACCACAGAAAAAACUGUUUACAGACCCAUUAGACAUCUUUAUAGAAGAAACCCAGAAUAUUGUUACCAGAGGACUAGAGACUGGUAUAGACCAUGGAGGAACCCCUUCACUGACUAGAGCCAAAGAAGAACAAGAGAAAGCAACACAUUUUCUCAGAGCACGGAUGGACCAGCUCAAGACUGACAGAAGCCAGGAGCUGACUUACCCUUUGGAAUACAAUAGAGGCCAAAUUUACUCACAGCAGAAAGAAAAAAUUGCUCAGAGCAAGUUCAAAGGAACAGCCAGAGUCACUGGAGAAAAUGUGAAAGCAGAGGAGAUACAAAUAUUAAAACAGCAGAUUGCGGGACUGCAGGAGAUGUUCAAGAGAAAUGAGACCUGCUGGCAUGCUGCCUAUGGCAAGCUGAGAGACCAGGUUGAGAUGCUGACCAGGCAGAACAUGGAACUUCGAGAUGAGCUCAGAGUUUCAGAAUAUCAGAGGUGGAAAGCAGAAAAAAACCCAGAAGCUGUGAAUUUCAUGAAUCAAAAAUCAGAGACCCUGGUUACAGAAGCUAUUCUGCGAGAGACAGCACCUUCAUCCAAAGAAGAAGAAAGAUCAUGGAGAGAUAAUCACAGAAGCCACAGCUUCUCUCAUGUGGGGCCAAAGACAUCUUUGAAGAAACAUUUCUUUCAAGAUGUGAAGAGCAAAGCAAUAAAAAGCUCUGUGCCAAGGGCUGAUCCUUUGAGAUCAAUGACAAAGGAACAUCAAGAAAAGAAACCAUCCAACUGCUCUGUUGGCAGAAACACAACACCAACUGGCAGGAGAACACUUCACCAGGGAAGACUGACACCUUUUGAACCAGAAAAAGUUGUACAUCAGCCCUCUCCUACUGGGCGAAGAACAGAUGACAGGAAAUCACCUGGAGCUGUCUCACAUCUGAGUGGUUUUAAGGACCCCAACUCAUCAGCCUAUGUAAAAGGCAGGUCUUUAUCCAUUUCAGAUAGCUCAGAAGACAUGCCCCUCUCACAUAAGCACAGCAACAACACUGGCAGCUUCGCACUCUGCAGUAACAAUGAAGAAACAGAGCCUCCAAAGUCAAUAUUAUCUAGAAGAACAGUGUUACAUCAAGAAAAGAAAAAAAGUGAGGAAGAGGUGCAGGAAAAAAUAGAGUAUCGUGAUGGCAAGGUAGAAGAGGUGCUUACUGAUGGACGUCGAAUCAUCACUUUCCGCAAUGGUACUAAAAAAGAGAUCAGUGCUGAUAAAAGGAUGACCACAAUUAACUUUUUCAAUGGAGAUGUAAAGAAGAUCAUGCCAGAUCAGAGCAUGAUUUAUUAUUAUGCAGAUGCACAGACAACCCACACUGUUUAUCCAGAUGGCCUGGAGGUGUUGCAGUUCCCUAAUAAUCAGAUAGAGAAGCAUUAUCCUGAUGGCACACAAGAAAUUGUGUUCCCAGAUCACACAGUGAAAUGCCUCUAUAGUGAUGGAUUCAAGGAAACCUUUUUCCCAGAUGGUACAAUAGUUAAAGUAGAAAAGAACGGAGAUAAAACAGUGGUAUUCAGCAAUGGCCAAAAGGAGGUUCAGACUGCACAGUUCAAAAGGCGGGAGUACCCAGAUGGCACUGUAAAAACUGUGUACUGCAGUGGCAGACAAGAAACCAAGUACUCCACUGGACGAGUUCGAAUCAAAGAUAAGGAGGGUUUUCUGGCAUUAGCAGAAGCAUGCUACAGCCAGUUUGAAGCCAUGUUUGGCCUCAGUUUGGAUUAG